UUCUGUCGCGCACCCCCCUCCCCACCAGCUCGGGCCCCUCCAAUCCGCAGCUCUGCGUGCGGGGGCGCGCACAUCCCCCCGCCGCCGUCUGUCCAUCACCCGGUCUGUCUGGGUGUCUCCCCAGCCUUGGGCGCUGCGCAGGGAGAGGCAGGACGUUCACUGCGCCCCACGCCCGCAGCCGCCAGACGGCAGCGCCUGCGUUCCUGCCAGCCCCAGCCGGUGCGCGGGAGCCGCGGGGGGCAAAGGCGCAGCGGCCAGCGGCCAGAUCAGCGCUCGCCGCCAGGCUUUCUCGCUCUCCGCGCUGAGCGCCAGCGCCUGCCCUCCAGGAUGAAGAAGCUCCGAGGAGCUCACCUAGGCAAGCCUGUCACCCCAGACCUGCUGAUGACCCCCAGCGACCAGGGUGAUGUGGAUCUGGAUGUGGACUUUGCAGCAGACAGGGGCAACUGGACGGGCAAGCUGGACUUCUUGCUGUCUUGCAUCGGCUACUGUGUGGGCCUGGGAAACGUCUGGCGGUUCCCCUACCGAGCCUACACCAAUGGAGGCGGUGCCUUCCUUGUGCCCUACUUCCUCAUGUUGGCCAUCUGUGGCAUCCCACUCUUCUUCCUUGAGCUCUCCCUGGGCCAGUUCUCCAGCCUGGGGCCCCUAGCUGUCUGGAAAAUCAGCCCCCUCUUCAAAGGUGCAGGCGCGGCCAUGCUGCUCAUCGUAGGCCUAGUGGCUAUCUACUACAACAUGAUCAUCGCCUAUGUCCUCUUCUACCUCUUUGCCUCCCUCACCAGCAACCUGCCCUGGGAGCACUGCGGCAACUGGUGGAACACAGAGCGCUGCCUGGAGCACAGAGGCCCCAGGGACAGCAAUGGGGUGCUGCCCCUCAACCUCAGCAGCACUGUCAGCCCUAGUGAGGAGUACUGGAGCCGCUAUGUCCUGCACAUUCAGGGAAGCCAGGGCAUUGGCCAGCCCGGGGAGAUCCGCUGGAACCUCUGCCUCUGCCUGCUGCUGGCCUGGGUCAUCGUGUUCCUCUGUAUCCUCAAGGGGGUGAAGUCCUCGGGCAAGGUGGUGUACUUCACAGCCACCUUUCCCUACCUCAUCCUGCUUAUGCUGCUGGUCCGAGGAGUGACCCUGCCUGGGGCCUGGAAGGGCAUCCAAUUCUAUCUCACCCCCCAGUUCCACCACCUGUUGUCUUCCAAGGUAUGGAUUGAAGCUGCUCUUCAAAUCUUCUACUCCCUGGGAGUGGGCUUUGGGGGUCUCCUUACAUUUGCCUCCUACAACACAUUUCAUCAGAACAUCUACAGAGAUACCUUCAUUGUCACUCUGGGCAAUGCCAUCACCAGCAUCCUGGCUGGGUUCGCCAUCUUCUCGGUGCUGGGCUACAUGUCUCAGGAGCUAGGUGUGCCUGUGGACCAAGUGGCCAAAGCAGGCCCUGGCUUGGCCUUUGUCGUUUACCCACAGGCCAUGACUAUGCUGCCUCUGUCGCCUUUCUGGUCCUUCCUCUUCUUCUUCAUGCUUUUGACUCUUGGCCUGGAUAGCCAGUUUGCCUUUCUAGAGACCAUAGUCACUGCAGUGACAGAUGAGUUCCCAUACUACCUGCGGCCCAAGAAGGCAGUGUUCUCAGGUCUUAUCUGUGUGGCCAUGUACCUAAUGGGACUGAUUCUUACCACCGAUGGGGGCAUGUACUGGCUGGUCCUUCUGGAUGACUACAGCGCCAGCUUUGGACUCAUGGUGGUGGUGAUCACCACGUGCCUCGCUGUCACCCGGGUGUAUGGCAUCCAGAGGUUCUGCCGAGACAUUCACAUGAUGCUGGGCUUCAAGCCAGGCCUCUACUUCAGGGCUUGCUGGCUGUUCCUGUCCCCAGCCACUCUCCUGGCCUUGCUGGUAUACAGCAUCGUCAAGUACCAGCCCUCAGAGUACGGCAGCUAUCGCUUCCCCGCCUGGGCUGAGCUUCUAGGCAUCCUGAUGGGUCUGCUGUCUUGCCUCAUGAUCCCGGCUGGCAUGCUGGUUGCUGUGCUUCGAGAGGAAGGCUCACUCUGGGAGCGGCUCCAGCAGGCCAGUCGGCCAGCCAUGGACUGGGGCCCAUCCCUGGAAGAAAACCGGACGGGCAUGUACGUGGCCACGCUGGCUGGGAGUCAGUCACCAAAGCCACUGAUGGUGCACAUGCGCAAAUACGGGGGCAUCACCAGCUUCGAGAACACUGCCAUCGAGGUGGACCGAGAGAUUGCAGAGGAAGAGGAGGAGUCCAUGAUGUGAAGUUGGAGGCUGCCAGACAGGAGGCCCUACCUGGGCUUCACAGGCCCUUCCUGGGGGUCUGCAGGGGUGGCCAUACCUGCUGGGAUUCCGAAAGGUUGCCACAGCAAUGCCACUCCCCAGUAUGAGUUCCUCCUUGUGGUCCCUGCCUCUCCUAAGAACCUCUGUCUGGCCACACACACACACACACACACACUA